CUCAAACAGACGGGUUCAUACACCAACAUUCGCGUCUCUCUAUGUGUUCAUACGUUCUUGUUUCCUUUAAAUCCAACACACUUGAAACUCAAACGAAAAGGGUUUCUCGGUCGGUACAUCACACACAUGUUCUUGCAUUACACAUUCUCCAACGCAUUCCGAGAAAGAAAAAAAACAAAAACUCUCUUCAUUUAAAUAGUCCAUUAUGCAAGGAGGUCCAGAGAAGUUGUCAUUCAAUAGGUCAACAGGUACCUUCGGAGUAAUCACAAAUAAUCCAACCAUAUCGCUAGGCUUGCUCGAUCCGUAUAAACAACAAGCAGUUAACUUCAACAAUUUGAACCACCAGAAGACAUUAGAAUUGCAUAAUCAAUAUAAGGCUCUCGAGGAAAGAGCCGUGUUUUGUCUUAAAGCAAAAGACAAAGUCAUCGAAGAGAUGACGAGAAAGUCCUUAGCUAAGGAGGCUCAACUGAAGAAAGCUUUAGCAGAAGCCGAGUUUUGGAAGAAGUCGUUGGAGCAGAAAAGUGCUGUGUGUAGCGAUCUUGCUGGGAGGCUCUUGGAAAUAAAGAGAAGAGAGACGAAGACUAAAGUGGUAGCGGAGAGGAAAUAUGCAGAGGAGGCUGAGUCGUCUACUGGUGAAAAUAGUGACAACGUUUUAGACACGGCAAGGACCCGUGGGUGUAAAAGACGCCGUCUAUGAAAGAGGCGGGGUGUAGGGUUUUGCACACGUUGUUUAGUAGUGGUGUUAUCUUUCAGUGUCCCCACUUCCGUUGUUGGUAUGAGCAUUCAAAUGUAUUAUUGUUUUCUGUUCAAAACAACGCCUCUCACAUUUGUUACAUAUGAUCAUUAUCUCAAGUUCUUUUUCUUUUGAGUAGAAUGUCAAAAUUAUCCAAAUCAAAGACUUAUGUUUACAUCAAGUUCAACCUAUUUUGAAAGUGCAAAAGAAUAAAAAAUUAUCCUAAUAUCUACGUUGUGCUGUUAUUACUUGUGAUAAACCAAAUUCCCAAACCAUCCUCAUAGCUCUUGUCUCCCAUUCUUUGAAUUGUGAUAAAUCUGUUACGGACAUUUCUAUACAAAAGUUUUAUAGGAAAAGCAAAACAAACGCCGAACACAAAAGUACGAAAAUAUAAAUCCCAAUUCGAACGUCGUGAUGCCCUAAUGCCCUAAGUGAACAGGGUUUAGAAAGUAUCAAAAAAGUUGGUCGAAGUAAGAAAAAUUAUUAGGAUUAUUAACUUAGAUAAAUACUUCAUUUUUGCAAGGUAUAUGUCAUUACAUAAUAUGUCAAACAAACAAGCAAAACAAAAACCCAACUACGAAUAAACAAAGAACAAUUGAAAAUCUUGUCAAUGUGAAAAUCCUCGUUUCAUUUUUUGGAGAUAAUUUGUAGUUUGAUCCGCCUCUAUCAGGUGGGGAAGAAUGUGUCAACAUGUCGAAAUGUAUUAGGAAUAAUUAUUUAUAUACUUCUAAUCAAAUUUACGGAAUUAUUAUCUUCGUACGAAUCUUGUAGUUAAUUUGACCCACUUCAACCUUGUGGGGAUGAAUGAGUCAACAUGGCGAGAUGUAUCAAAUGAAACGAACACUCUCAUCGUGUGUGUGAUCACUACUCCCAU